AUGGGGAAGCAUCCACCAGCCAAACGCUCUGAAGGGCGCUCGCUACAGCCGCCUUCCCGCACCCUCCCUGCCCCGGGAUGCUCCAAAAUGCUCCGUGGUGGGAAUUUCAUGGAUGAGGGCUCGCUGGUUUUCCUGGUGAGCGGGCUGGCGGUGCUGGGCUACGCGGCAGCUCUCAGCGCCCAGCCCACCUACCAGGGGGUCGUCCGGGCGGUGUGUGGGGCAGCAGCAGGGAAGCUCUGCGAGGUCUGCUUCCUCCUCAACCUCUUCAUGAUCUCCGUGGCUCUCCUCAGGGUGGUGGGUGACCAGCUGGAGAAACUGUGUGACUACCUGUACCCCAACGGGACGCUGAGCGGAGCCCCCCCUCCACCUCCCUGGUAUGUGGACCAGCGCUUCACCCUCUCGGCUCUCUGCAUCUUCGUCAUCUUCCCGCUCUCCGUCCCCAGGGAGAUCGGCUUCCAGAAGUACUCCAGCAUCCUGGGCACUCUGGCUGCCUGCUACCUCACCCUCGUCAUCAUCCUGAAGUACCACCUGCAGGCAGAGAGCCUGGGCUCACCCGAGCCCCCCCAGCCCUCCAGGGCCUCCUCCUGGGCCUCCAUCUUCAGCGUCAUCCCAACCAUCUGCUUUGGCUUCCAGUGCCACGAGGCCUGCGUGGCCAUCUACAGCAGCAUGCGCAACCAGAGCUUCUCCCACUGGGUCGCCGUUUCUGUGCUCUCCAUGCUCAUCUGCCUGCUCAUCUACUCCCUCACCGGGAUCUAUGGUUACCUGACCUUCGGAGAGGCCGUGGCAUCCGAUGUCCUGAUGUCCUACCCAGGGAAUGACCCGGUUGUCAUAGUUGCCCGCCUGCUCUUUGGUGUCUCCAUCGUCACCAUCUACCCCAUCGUGGUGCUGCUGGGCAGAUCAGUGGUGUGGGACCUGUGGGCACUCCCCAAGCACGGGGCCAUGGGGGUGCCCGAGGCACAUGAGCGGCGGAGCCGGGUGGCGCUGACGGUCGCCUGGAUGGCUGCCACGCUCGCCAUUGCCCUCUUUGUCCCGGAUAUCGGCAAGGUCAUUGAGCUCAUCGGGGGCAUCAGCGCCUUCUUCAUCUUCAUCUUCCCAGGGCUGUGCCUGGUGUGCAUGACCGGGACCCGCACCCUUGGGCCACGCAAAAAGUGAGUGUCUGUGGGUUCAGGGGCAGGGGUAGGGUGCGGGCAGGGUCCCUGGGGGACACCCUGGCCAAGGUGGAAGCCCCACGAGGAGGGAGAUUUGGGGCACCUGUAGGCACUGAAAGCAGGAGCACUUGCUGCGGGACACGGGGUCUGCAGUGGGGCUGAAGGGUGGGUAUGGAGGGAUGUGCCUCGGUAUCGGGGAUAUGCCCAGGCCAUGGGGAUGUGACUGGGUACUGGUGCUGUGCCUGGGCAUCAGUGGUGUGCCUGGAUGUCGGUGAUGAGGCCAGGCACUGGGGAGUUGCUCAGGUACUGGGGAGUGCCCAGGCAAUGGGGUUGUGCCCAGGUACCAGACCCCUUGCAAGGCAGUGGCUACAGGGGAAGGAUUGCCCUGGGGUUUGGAGGCACUGGGGCACCUGGUGGGGGCU